UUCUAUACUCCAACGUUCAAUCUCUAGAAAAUGAAAUAUCCAAGUAUUAUAUUGGUUCCUUUUCUAUUCUUCGUCGUCUUCAUAUUGGAGCCAAGUUCAUCACUAGCAAAUCCGGAGACUUUCACACAAUGCCUAACCUCAAACUCCGACCCCAAACAUCCCAUCUCCCCCACCGUGUUCUUCGCCGGAAACGGCUCAUACUCCUCCGUACUAGAAGCUACAAUUCGUAACCUCCGGUUCAACACCUCCAACACUCCAAAACCCUUCCUCAUAAUCGCUGCAACACACGAAAGUCACGUGCAAGCCGCGGUUACUUGUGGCAAACGCCACAACCUUCAGAUGAAAAUCAGAAGCGGAGGCCACGACUACGAUGGCUUGUCAUACGUAACGUACUCUGGCAAACCUUUCUUCGUCCUCGACAUGUUCAAUCUCCGUUCGGUGGAUGUCGACGUGGCGAGUAAGACCGCUUGGGUCCAAACCGGUGCCAUCCUCGGAGAAGUUUAUUACUAUAUAUGGGAGAAGAGCAAAACCCUAGCUUAUCCCGCUGGGAUUUGUCCCACGGUUGGUGUAGGUGGCCAUAUUAGCGGCGGAGGUUACGGUAACAUGAUGAGAAAAUACGGUCUCACCGUUGAUAACACCAUCGAUGCAAAAAUGGUCGACGUCAAUGGAAAUAUAUUAGAUAGAAAAUUAAUGGGAGAAGAUCUCUUUUGGGCGAUUAACGGAGGGGGAGGAGGUAGCUUCGGAGUCGUUUUGGCCUACAAAAUAAACCUCGUGGAAGUCCCUGAAAACGUCACCGUGUUUAGAAUCUCCCGGACGUUAGAGCAAAACGCGACGGAGAUAGUUCACCGGUGGCAACAAGUCGCACCGGAGCUUCCGGACGAGCUUUUCAUAAGAUUAGUCAUUGACGUAGUAAAUGGCACCAAUACAUCUCAAAAGACCGUCAGGGCAUCAUUCAUAGCUAUGUUCCUUGGAGACAAGACAACGCUCCUGUCGAUCUUAAACCGGAGAUUCCCAGAAUUGGGUUUGGUCCGGUCUGACUGUACCGAAACUAGCUGGAUCCAGUCUGUGCUAUUCUGGACAAAUAUCCAAAUUGGUUCGCCGGAGACAGUUCUACUCCAGAGGAUUCAACCCGUGACCUACCUCAAGAGGAAAUCAGAUUACGUACGUAAACCGAUUUCAAGAACCGGUUUAGAAUCAAUUUGGAAGAAAAUGAUCGAGCUUGAGAUUCCUACAAUGGCUUUCAAUCCAUACGGUGGUGCAAUGGGGAGGAUAUCAUCAACGGUGACUCCGUUCCCAUACAGAGCCGGGAAUCUCUGGAAGAUUCAGUACGCUGCGAAUUGGAGAGAAGAUAGGUUAACCGACCGGUACAUGGAGUUGACGAGGGAAUUGUACCAAUUCAUGACUCCUUUUGUUUCCAAGAAUCCGAGACAAUCGUUCUUUAACUAUCGUGACGUUGAUCUUGGGAUUAAUUCACACAAUGGGAAAAGAAAUAGCUACGUUGAAGGCAAGCGUUACGGGGAGAAGUACUUCGCAGGUAACUUCGAGAGGUUGGUGAAGAUCAAGACUAGAGUUGAUAGUGGUAACUUCUUUAGGAAUGAACAGAGUAUUCCUGUGUUACCAUAAGUAAAAUCUUUAUUUGAUUAUUAUUGGUUAGUGAAAUUUGUUGUUGUAUAAUUGAUUAUAUGUUGUAAUUAAGUACUAUAUUUGUCUCUGGUAAGUGGUAGUUAAGAUUUGAUAUUACAACUUACAACUAGUAAAUUAUUGUUAAGUUUUAUAUGAAAAGCUAUGGUUAUAAUGUAAAAAUCGAUAUUCAUAUU